CUCGGUCGCCCAUAUUGAGAGAGUACCGAUAAAAGCCGACAUAUCGCACGCUGGAAGCUCACCAUCGCUGCAGUUUGGAAUUGGCUGCGGACCCGAGAGCGAUGCGCUGCCACCUCCUCCUCCUCCUCCUCGUCUCGGCGCUCGUCGCGACGCUUGCUGCCGCCAACAGCCUCCGCGCCGACGACUGCUGCGCGACCGGCACGUGCCCCAACGAGUGCCAUCAAGCGCGGCUGCAAUUGAGCCCGCGAUGGAGCGCCAAGCUGCGCAAGUACGUCAAGACGCCUGUGUAUCGGCGAUAGCUCCGCCUUCUCCGAUCGUCCUAUGCUGGAAUCGCACUUCUUAAUAUGUCGAUAUAUAUACUGCUUCACCACCCUCUCGGUACCC